CCUGCGGAGCCAUAUAGAGCUUCUGAUAAUGAAGCUGUGACUUUAUGUCCGUGUUUAAAGUUCACAUUCUGCCUCUCGCUCUCGUGCUGCCGAGGUCAGCGUCGCUGCAGGGAUCUGACACACGGUCCACCCCGACUCCAAGCCCCUCGCAGAGUUUCACUUGGAUCUGACUGGAACUGCUGGGAAAAGAUGGGGACGCUUUCCGAGAGACAACCCUGCAGUGAAGAUGAGACCAUGGUCCCGGUACUAACCUCCAGAAAAGCCAGCGAACUCCCCGUCAACGAAGUCGCGUGUAUCCUGCAGGCCGACCUGCAGUCGGGUCUGACUCGGGAGGAGGUGAGCAGGAGGAGAGCCUACCACGGCUGGAACGAGUUCGACAUCACUGAAGAGGAGCCACUAUGGAAGAAAUACAUCUCACAGUUCAAAGAUCCUCUCAUCCUGCUGCUGCUGGCGUCGGCCGUCAUCAGCGUUCUCAUGCACCAGUUUGAUGACGCCAUCAGCAUCACUGUGGCCAUCAUCAUCGUAGUGACAGUUGCUUUUGUCCAGGAGUACCGCUCAGAGAAGUCUCUAGAAGAACUUGGGAAGCUGGUGCCUCCAGAAUGUCACUGUGUGAGGGAGGGGAACCUGGAGCACCUGCUGGCCAGAGAGCUGGUUCCUGGAGACACUGUGUGUCUGUCGGUGGGGGAGAGAGUCCCGGCAGACCUCCGCCUCUUCGAGUCGACCGACUUGUCUGUGGAUGAGUCCAGUCUGACGGGAGAGACCACCCCCUGCUCCAAAUACACCUACCACCAGGCAGCGACCACCAAUGGGGACAUCGCCUCCCGCAGCAACAUCGCCUUCAUGGGGACGCUAGUGCGCUGCGGCAAAGCCAAGGGCAUCGUCAUAGGAACCGGAGAGAACUCAGAGUUUGGGGAGGUGUUCAAGAUGAUGCAGGCAGAAGAGGCUCCUAAAACGCCGCUGCAGAAGAGCAUGGACCUGCUGGGGAAGCAGCUGUCUCUCUAUUCCUUCGGCAUCAUUGGGGUCAUCAUGCUGGUGGGCUGGCUGCAGGGGAAGAGGAUCCUGGACAUGUUCACCAUCGGUGUCAGCCUGGCGGUAGCUGCCAUCCCGGAGGGUUUACCCAUCGUGGUGACGGUGACGCUGGCCCUCGGUGUGAUGCGCAUGGUGCAGAAAAGAGCCAUCGUGAAGAAGCUUCCCAUCGUGGAAACUCUGGGCUGCUGUAACGUGAUCUGUUCAGACAAGACUGGAACGCUGACCAAGAACGAGAUGACCGUCACUCAGCUGUUCACGUCAGACGGCCUCCACGCCGAGGUGACGGGUGUUGGCUACAAUGGAGCAGGAGAAGUUUUACUAGACGGGGAGGUCAUACACGGUUUCUCCUGCCCUUCAAUCAGCAAGAUCGUAGAGGUUGGCUGUGUGUGUAACGACUCAGUAAUCAGGAAUCACGCUCUGCUGGGUCGACCGACGGAGGGAGCUCUCAUCGCCCUCGCCAUGAAGAUGGGGCUGGAGAGCCUCCAGCAGGAGUACGUCCGCCUGGAAGAACAUCCGUUCACCUCGGAGCAGAAGAGGAUGGCUGUUCGCUGCGUUCACCGCACUCUGCAGGAUAAACCUGGAGUUUACUUUGUGAAGGGAGCGUACGAGCAGGUGAUUCGCCUCUGCAGCUCCUACAACAGCAGAGGGAGCACACUGUCACUCACCCACCAGCAGAGGGAGCUCUACCAGCAGCAGAUCAGCUACAUGGGGAGUGCUGGUCUGAGAGUCCUGGCGUUUGCAUCGGGUUCUGAGAUGGGGACCCUGACAUUCCUGGGUCUGGUGGGCAUCAUCGACCCUCCCAGGUCAGGGGUCAAAGAAGCUGUGGGGAUGCUCAUCAGCUCCGGAGUCGCCAUCAAGAUGAUCACGGGAGACUCCCAGGAGACCGCCGUGUCUAUAGCCAGUCGUUUGGGUUUGUACUCUAAAGGCAGUCAGUGUUUGUCUGGAGACGAGGUGGAUCAGCUCGACCUGCAGCAGCUUUCACACAUCGUCUCCAGAGUGUCUGUGUUUUAUCGAGCCAGUCCCCGACACAAGCUGAAGAUCGUCAAGUCCCUCCAGAACAUCGGCGCCGUCGUGGCCAUGACGGGCGACGGUGUGAACGACGCCGUGGCCCUGAAGGCGGCCGACAUCGGUGUGGCGAUGGGCCAGACGGGCACCGACGUCUGCAAGGAGGCGGCCGACAUGAUCCUGGUGGACGACGACUUCCAGACCAUCAUGUCAGCCAUCGAGGAAGGAAAAGGAAUUUACAACAACAUUAAAAACUUUGUCCGCUUCCAGCUGAGCACGAGCAUUGCAGCUCUGACGCUCAUCUCCUUAGCGACGCUGAUGAACUUUCCCAACCCGCUGAACGCCAUGCAGAUCCUGUGGAUCAACAUCAUCAUGGACGGCCCUCCCGCUCAGAGUUUGGGGGUGGAGCCUGUGGACCGAGACGUGAUCAGAAAGCCUCCUCGCAACGUGAGAGACAGCAUCAUCACUCGCAGCCUGAUCAUCAAGGUCCUGGUGUCGGCGCUCAUCAUCGUCUGUGGGACCCUGUUUGUCUUCUGGAGGGAGCUGCAGGACAACGUGAUCACUCCUCGAGACACCACCAUGACCUUCACCUGCUUCGUCUUCUUUGACAUGUUCAACGCUCUGAGCUCUCGCUCGCAGACCCGUAUGGUCCACGAGAUGGGGCUGUGCAGUAACAGGACCUUCUGUUACGCCGUCCUGGCCUCCAUCAUGGGUCAGCUUCUCGUCAUCUACUUCCCUCCUCUGCAGAACAUCUUCCAAACAGAGAGCCUCAGUGUCUUCGACCUGCUGUUCCUGGUGAGUCUCACCUCCUCAGUGUGUGUGGUGUCUGAGAUCAUCAAGAUGGUGGAGAGGUGGAGAGGAGCUGAGAGGAGCCCGCCCACCGACUGCUUCCACGAGGUAUGACCGUCUCUCCCUUCCCUUCGCCUUCCCGGCCGAAGGACUCUGAGGUUUGGAGGAGGACGAGGAGGAUGAGUGCGAUGGGUUUUAGGAUCUCACAUCCAAUGGCACUGACUAAUAAAGACUGCAAGGACUGCUGGGAUUUUCCUGUGAGCUCCUCAGGAGAAGCUCUGGUCUGGAACCGGAGGAAGCUCCCGGCCUCAGGUGAGGGGGGGCUGUCGAGUUGGCGGACUUUGAUUAAACUGGGAGGACGAAGUGGCUGCUGGAAGAUGUGAGCGUGCACUCAGUGUGUGGGCCACUAGAGGGCGUUAACACGGACGCACAGAAGCAGCAGACUGAACACACCUUCCUGCCAUGAACCACCUCCAGUUUGCUCGUUGUUAUUUAGGAUGUCCUCUGCAGAAUAGAGACAUGUAGAGUCCUAUUUGUAAUCUGUCAUGUAGAAGGUGUUGACCACUGUUCAGCUCGCUUUUCAUGGUUGAGUGCUUCAAAGAUGACUCCUUUUGAUUCCCUGUCGAUGGGUUUACAGGACGUGGUGGAGGUGUCACGGUACAAAAUUCAGUUGUUUGCACAACGAGGAAAACAAAAAUGUUUAAUUUCUUUUAAUUUAAAAUAAAAACAAAAUCACAGAAAUGUUCAAAAUCAGUAAUAUAAAGGAAACUUGUCAGUGCUGCUGUAGGCUAAGAACUGUGCACAUAAAGGAAAGUAAAGUGCACUUCAGGGUGCAUAAAGCUUUAAUUUCUGUUUUCUGCUAUGGAAGUCUGUGGCUGCCAUAUUAACAUGAAAACAUUUAAUCAAAUCAUGCAAACUUUCUGGUAGAAAUUAAGCUUUUGCACACAGGACAGAUGUUGUAUAUUUGUAAAACCAGGAUGUGUAAUUCAUAUUCCUGUUUAAUAUGAAAAGUCUGGAUUGCAGUUUAAUUUUAUUGAGUUAAAUACAUUUAAAGUCUAUUUUAUAUUGAUUAUAAUUAGCAUUAGUAUUAUUAUUAUUACUGUAAUAGUCACAUGAUCGGGAGUAUAUUGACAAAUUAUUUUUACUUUAAUAUUCAUCGACCUGCGUUUUCAUUUUGCGAGCAGUUAUGUCUUUAUCAAAUCAUUCAAUGUUACUUUUUUUUAAUUAAAUUUUGUGGAAAUUUUGA